AGCGCGCGGAGCCGGAUGUGUCUGCUCACCAUUCCCAAUGAUUCGGAGUCCCGGCGUCAGUUAAAACCUCGUUUGAAACACCGGUCCCAGCCGCGCGUCUCUUUGCCUGAUUUGGAUUUGUAGCUGCACGAUGCAAGCUGACGUUCAGUCAUGCGCCAUCGAUCCUUGCUGUCGCCGUGGUCCCGGGUCGGGCCGGAUGGUCGUGGUUUCUGUCUGGGCACCUGUGCCGUGAUCAGCACAAUCCUUGUGGUGCACGCCGCGGGUGUUCAGGCGAGUCUCAGCCUGGGUCCUGGCGCAGAGCUCCCGAGCUUCAGAGGUACCCGUCUCAACUUAUUUGGCAGAGUUUUACGCAGGCCUUAUGACUGUUCUGUCCUCGUGCCAGAGGUCUUCCUGUACGCGCUCAGUCACGAUGAUCUGCCCUCUCUACUGGUCAGCGUCGGCCUGCUGCUGCUGGCUGGACCCAGUCAGGAGCGUCGCUGGGGAACCGCCGUCUUCCUCGCCCUCUCCAUCCUGACCACGCUCUGUCUGCCUCUUGUCUACGCCCUGGUGCUCUUCGUCUUAGUUGGCGAGCCCAGCAGGGUUUGUGGCUACUCGGCCAUAGAAAUGGCCCUGUUGACGGCUCAGUGUCGCCAGGUGACGCCCAGGAGGCUUUUCAAGUGGGUGCCUGUCUGGUUCCUUCCCUGGUGCCUGCUGCUGCUCGGGAUGCUCCUUCUGCCCGGGACGCCGGCCCUUCUCCACUUCUGUGCCAUCUCUGUUGGCCACAACUAUAGCCAGUCCUUGAUCAAGGCCCUGCAGGAGCUGAGGCAGCUCUCCUCGGUGAACCUCAUUCCACGGUCUUCGUACAUCUCCACUUCAGCCCAUAUGAGGUUACCCACGCACCAUAGCUCUGCGAGAUCAACUUCCUCACAUCAGAUGUGUGCCGCUCCACUUCCUGUGCGGGAUCCAGCCAUUUUUAAGCACCAGCCGUGGUGGGAUCAGGUGUCUUCCCUGAGGGAGGAACUGGCUCCACUGACUGAGGCAGAGCAGCUAGAGGAGCAGAUGCUGAGAGCCGCCAUGCUUGAAUCUUUGCAAGAUGCUCCUGAGGAUGCAAAAAUUGAGGUUCCAAAAUCCUCCGUUUCUUCUCUGCGACUCCAGCAGCUUGAGAAGAUGGGCUUCCCAACUGACAAGGCUGUCGUGGCGUUGGCAGCGUCGAAGCAGCUGGAUGGCGCUAUUUCACUUCUAAUCGACGAUAGCGUUGGGGAGCAAGCCGUGGUGGUCAGCGAAGGAAAGAGGCCACCAACACGACAAAGCGCAAACGCUUCAAGCUGCUGAACUUGGAGCCGGUCAGCAGGAGAAUGUCUCUGGAACGGUUGUGUCCUGAAGUGAAAGAAACCUAGGAGGAUGUUGUUUGAAGCAGAGACGGCGACGACAGGUUUUUAAAAAACAGUGAACAUUUUAUUACAUUGCAUACUUACAUGGCAACCUUAAAACAGUAACACAACUGCAAGAAACAGCUAUCCAAAUAUAAAAUGGUUACACAACAGCGUACAAAACUACACUUUAAAUAGUUCUACAAAAUAAGAUGAAUGACAUUUUUUUCCUAUCUUUUAAAAAGUGGCUUUAACUUUAGUGUCAUCAAAAGUCAAUUUAUCUACCCAAAUCCAAAGCAACCACUGUUGGGCUGCUUUUUCUGCUACACUGGAGAAACACGCCACAAAUCACAGGUGUCAACGCGUAGCAGUGAUGACUUCAUGUUUUAGUGCACGACAUAGUUCAACGAGACGAAAGAAAUGUGAAUAUUAGGAGAAGAAGUUGUACGCGUGUCCCGCAUAUUGUACAUGCUCAACAGAUUUAAAUAAUGGAUUCUCAUCCGACUGCAGUUACAUCAGGAAAACAAAAACAAAACUUCAAAUCCAGUCUCUUUGCUCACGUCUGAUUCCUCCAGUUAUCGAUUGAUGACCCUCCUUUUUCCUUUUCUCAAACAUCAGCAGGUGAACUGAGGCUCUGUGCCAGACACAGGGGGCUGAAAGAAGAGGUCAUGCUCAAUGGUCGGGAGUCAAACUAGCUCUCCUGCUCCCAGUGUAGGAGGACGAAUCAGUGGAGUUUCCCUGAGGUGCCGCCUCCCAGCUCCGAGACUGCUCUCAGAUCAGGUCUUGAUCUGUGGAGCGCUGAUGAGACCUGCGGGAGGGAGAGUCGACCCAGCCUGUGGUCCUCAGGGUGAGCGAACCUUGGUGUUGGAGGAGCGAAGUGAAGGGAGCCGAAAGGGCAGGGCGCCUGCUCGCUUAUCUCUGUAGAAACUAGGGGAAGAUGUUCCAAAGGCUCCGUCCCCAGACCCUAGAUCAGGCUCUGUUGAAGAAAGACAGCAGUUGGAAGUGGGCCUCACUGUCCUGGGCGGGUCAGCACUUGUGUCUGCUCUCAGUAGUGGACUGUACGGGCCUCUUUAUCUUUGGCAUCAACCACUUCCGAAUGUUUCUUUGUGAACGGAACAUAAUGUAGUAAAAACAGAUUCUGUGCAAUCGCUCGUAUUCAAGUGAGUGAAGACUUUAUUGGAGCCGAAAAGCCGCAAGACAUUGUCAUCAUCUACCAAUUUUUUAUGUGUUAAAAAAGAUUUUUCAUUGCCUGCUUCACUGACAAGGUCGGUAAUGUCAAUGAUAUCCAAGUUGUGACUCAUAUCAGAACCAAAUAAACACCUAACUCGUAGCGGUCGACCUCCAUUUCAGAUCUUAUGUGUUAGAACCAGUGAUAAACAAACUGAAACACGUAUAAUAAAACACAUUUUUUACAUCAGUUUUCUGAGAAUGAGAAGCAACAUUCUACAUGCAAGAAACAUGAGUAAUGAAGUCAUUCAAAUCACAAGAAUAUUGUUGUUAAAAAAGACCAAAAUAAAACCAAUAAAAAUGUUGUAAAACAACAUUAAGUCUUGGGAGCAGAAACAAGUUUUGAAGAUUUUCAACACGUUUUUUAUGCUUCAAUGUGUGUUCAAACUGUUUGUUUCAGUGUUUCAAAUGUUGAAAGAAUUCAACUGCAGGGGGCAGCGUAUCUGUGGGGGAGGUUUCGGUGUUACCUGGCCAGAUGAUCGCCUCCAGCAGUGUCACCCUACGAGCCAGAAGCUCAAGAUCUGCCUGCAAGUCGUGGAACAUCUGCAAGCUAAGUUCCUAUCAGAGAG